AUGUAUUAAAAUAUCUAAGGAGAGUGUAAGGCUUGUCCAUCGAAUUGCGAAAUUUGCUAUGGGGCACUACAAGAAAUUUCUCAUGAUUAAAAUAAUGAUUUAUAUAUGUAAGGCUAUUAAGUAGAAUAAGUGUAUUGUGUGAAGUGCAAAAACAAUUUUUUCUAUGAUUACUUAAAUUAAAAAUGUGUAGGAUAAUGUAAAGAAGGGAUGAGGCUAAAUAAAAUAGCAAAGAUUUGUGAAUUAUGCAAAAUUGAACAUUGUUCUAAUUGUAAUUCUGACGUUAAUUAAUGUGAUUUAUGCAAUUAAUCCUACAUCAAGUAAGGAUCUUAAUGUAUACCAAAUCAGGAACAACUUAUCAUAUAAGAAAGAUAGAUUUUAAAUUAUUAUGAAAACAGUCAGGAGUGCUAAGAAUUUUAAGGCUAAAAUUCAAAUGGUAAUUGCUUUUCAGAAGUUCAAAAUUGUCCAAUACUUUAGAACUCGCUAUACAAUCAAGAUUAAAAAUAUUAAAUGUACUUUUUAGAUCAGGAAGGAAACUCCAUUUAUAUAUUCACAACUAAUUCUGUGUAAAAAUACAGCUUUCCAGAAUUAGUCUUGAUUAAAGAAAAAUAAUUUUAAAGAAGGGAAAUUAUUCCUUCCUGCGGAGCAUUACUAGAAAUCAAUUAAUUUUUAUUCUGUACAAUGAAUCAAAGUAGCAUUAUUUAAAUUGACAGAGAAACACUAGCUAUAAAUUUAGUUUACAAAUUUGAAGAUUCGUUUUUUUCAGGAGACUAUAUGUAGGAUUGGGAAUAAGGUAAAAUUUGUGCCAUUUUAGGUUCUAAUAAUGGAAUUAGUCUAUUUGACUUAAAAACUAAUACAACUUUCAGUAUUGUUAGGGAUAAUUUUAUGAAUGCAUUUAUAGGUAGAGGUAGCUAUUUAUUUUUAUAUACUGGUAGUAUAGCUGUAAAUAGACUUUUUAUUUUCAAUUACGAAGAUAAAAAUUAAAAGGAGGAUGUACUUCUUGUUUCUUAAAAUUAUACGAUUCAAACUUGUGGAUAUAUUUAGAAUAUCUUACAUGUUUAAAACGAAAAGUAUAUUUUAGCAGGAUAUUUGAAAUUUUAGCUUUGUAUUUGGAACUUUUAAAAUAUUACUUCGAUAUAAAUUAAUAGUUGUUAAGAUUUGAAUAUACCUACUUUCUAGCAAUAUUCCUUUUUUUCAUAGCUAUUUUAAUGGUAAAACUAAGCUGAUUUGUAUAUUUUAUAAUCUCGCUAAUCGUAGAAAAUUAUGAUAUUUAGUUUAUUGGAUAAUUUUUAGAUUGUUUAUGAGUUCCCAGGAAAUAUUUCUGGCAUACAAAUAUAUGAUAACUAUCUGAUUAUUUUACAAAGUAAUGGAGUAAUAUAAAAAUACUAAGUUUGCAAAGUUUUCUCAUCAUAUAAUUUAAAAUUAAUAGAGGAAUCCUACAGUAUAGGUAUAUCUGGUUUAAAUACCUAAUUUUUAGGUAUUAAUUUUGUUGAUAGAACAAAUCUUUAAACAUGUGUUUUAAAUCCUUAAGAUAAAUUACACUGCAGUAGUUUAAUAUUAAUAGUAAAUGUUUAAGAAAUAAUCUUAAUAAAUAUGACAAAUCAAGCCUAUUACAUUGAAAAUACAAGUUUAAAUGAUAACUCGAUAAAUAGACAUGACUAAGAUAUUUCAAGGUUUAUAAAAUCUAAUUUUUUUUUCAUUGAAAAGUAAAUUGGGUUAACAGAUUAUACAACUUUGGAUUCCCCUUUAUUUGAAUAUACUUUAUAAAAGGAAAAAGAAACUAAGCUUGUCAUUCAAAAAUAUUUGAUACGAGCUUAAUAUAAAUACAAUAUUCAAAAAUAAAUAAUGAUUAGCAGAUUAGAUCAAUCAGGAGGUUUUGUUAUUGAUUGUGAGUAUAUUUAAGAACAAGAUAUGCUAUUUCUGUUUCAUUAAACUGGCUUAAUUGCUAUAGAACUUGUUUAAUACAUAACUAUAUUUAAAUAUGAUAUCCGUGAUCUAUAUCCAAACUAUACUUUUACUAAAACAAAGAAAUAAAAAAUAAGAUAAGAUACUUAUGCUGUAACACUUUAUGAUAAGACUUAAAAGUAUGCUUUCACUUUGCUAUUAUAAAUAGACUAAAGUAGUGUUUAAUAAAUAGGUUUCUACAAAGAUAAAGAUUACAUUGAUUUUGUGCUGAACGAAGAAGAAUUCACUAUGAUAAAGAUGAAUAUUGAUAAUGAAUACUCAUACAGAUGGUUAAAUUUUGUUGAUUUUAAAAUUAAAAAAGGAAUUUUCAAAGAAAAGAAACAAAGUAUCAAAUAUGUUUAAAUUGUGCCUGAAUAAAAGGUGAUAGCUUACACCAAAUAAAAUACUGUAUUCUUAUUUUCUUAUUAAAAUUAAACUUUGUUUAAAAGAGAAUUAAAUUACAACAUUUAAGACCAAAGUAUUUAAUUUAGUUCUUAUAGAGGUUAGCAAAAUAAAGUACUUUUGUAUUUAUACUUUCAAGAUUAUGUUUUUGUCCAUGAUUUACUAAAGGAAUAACAAAAUAUUCCUAAAAAAUUUGCAUGCGAAGGAGAAAAAAAAUUAGAUUCAAGCAAAAAUAAAAAUUAGAAUUAUGAUUUUUUGAUAACAAAUCAGUAACAAAUAUGCAUAUUUGAUAAAUCAUCAGAUGCUGUCAAAUUAUAAAAAAUAUCCUUAAAAUUGAAUGUGUAAAACAUAGAUUUUUUUUAUUUUAAGAAAGACUAAAAUGCUUAAGGCAUUGCUGUAAAUCAAGACAUAGAUGUUAUUGCAGUUAUCUGUAAUUUAGGAACUUAUUUGUUUGAAAAUAUUAAUAAUAUGUACUAACAGUUCUUUUUUACAUAAUAUAUUUGUGAUAAAGUAAAGUAUUUGAGUGAUAGAGAACUUGUUUGCUAAUAGUUUAAUGGAAAAGCAUAUAAGUUUCCUCUCUAGAAAUAAAUUUUAAAGAAUGAAUUGAAAUUUGAAUAAAUAAUUAAUGAUGUAGUUCAUUUGCCUGAAAAUAAUUUGCUGAUAUUUAAAUUGAAUGAAAAAGUAAUAGUGAGAAAAGUAAAUAUUAAUAACUAACAUGAUGAAAUAAACUAUACAAAUAGUGAUAUAGAAAAAUAUUAGAUAGAUGUUGGUAUAAUUGAUGAUUCAGAUUUACAGCAUAGUGAAAGUGAAUCUGAAGAAGAGGAAGAAGAAGAAGCCAAAAAGAGAGAUAUGAAUAUUCCAGAUGAUCAAUAGAAAACUUAAAAUUUUAAUAGAGGUGCUUUCAAUAAGAAUGAAGACCAUAAAAUUGAUUUAAUCAAACAAGAUAGCUUCAAUGGAUACUAUUAUGAUCAAAAUUUGAAUAAACUCAUUCUUGUAGGUAAAGACAAUAUCAAAUUGAUAAUUUAAUUUGAUAUAAAUGGUGAGCCUAUAGAGAUUUUAGGUUUAUUUAAUGAUAAUUAUAACUUAAUAUCAGUUUUUUAAGAUCAAAAUGGUAUUCUAUUUCAUAAUCCGAAUAAUGGGUUAGAAAAUCAAAUUGAAUUCACACCUUCACACAUUUUUGUUAGAGAUAAUGACAAAUAAAUUAUUCUCUUUAAUCAAAUGGAUAUAAUAAUACUUAAUACAGAUAUGAUUUUUUUCGAUUAUGUUAGAUUUUAAGAAUACAUGGAUACAUUCUAAGUGUUCUUUCUGGAGUAGUAUUCUACCUUUAUUUUAUCUCCAUUGAGCUAAAGUAGCUUAUAUAUUCUAAAAUUUUGUGCUGGAGUUGAUAAAAUGUGGGAAACAGACAAUUACACAAUUUCAGUUGUAAAUUUACAAUAUAAUAUUUAUAACAUAAAAGUAGAUUACUCAUUACUGAAAAUUGCAGUAGUUACUCAAAAUAGCAUGCUGCAAAUAAUAAAUUUUGACUUUGUGGCAUCAUAUUGUAGUAAUUAGCAAUAGUAUUAUCAAAAGAAUCUAAUUUUAAGGAGUUAACAAAAACCUCCCAUCAAUAGUCCUCUUGAAAGACGUAAUGAAAAUCAAAACGACAUCAACCUUGAUGAUGAUAAAAAAUAGACAUUAUUUUAUUUACAUGAAGAACAUACACAAGAUUAGUUUAACUUAACUGAACUUCUUGAAGAUAUUGUCAAGGCUCCAGAAGAAGAUGAUGAAUAAACCCUUAGGAGCGAUAAGAUUAUUUUAGAAAUGGUUUAUUCAUAAGAUAUAAUAAUUAUAGCUUUUUCUAAUAACCUGUAUGUUUAUUCAAUAUCUAAGAAAAGAUGCAUAUAUAUAGCUCGAAAUUCUCCAUCAAAAUUAAAAAAAAUAAUGAUUGUCAAUUAAUAGUUAAUUGUGGGAUAUAAUUAGCAGACUUUCUAUUUUUGGAGUUUAGAAAAUAUCAUUAAAUACUGCUAUCUUCAAACACGAAUUGCAAGUAGAGUUAUUUCAAAUAACUUUAUUGCAUAUAUUAAUGAAAAAUAAGGAAAGGAUAGCACAUUUUCUUAUUUUGAUUACCAAUCUAAUUAGCUUUUUUUAGUCAACAGCUAUAGUGGAGAUGUGUUAAAGAGGAUACAGUUAAAGCUAGAUGUUUUGUUUGUAAAUUAUUUUUAUGACACAAAAUAUACAAGGUAAAGAUAUGAAAACCCUAGUCGAAGAAUUUAAUUCCCUUCUUUCAAUUGCAAAGGGGAACAAUAAAGUUAAACAUGCACAUAAGGAGAGCAAUUUUUAUUUGUAAAACAAGGAUAUAGCUUACUAGUUUUUAACAGAAAUCUUGAAUUGAUUAAAACAAUUGAAGUUCCAAGUAUUCUUACCCAAAUGAUUGCAUAAUAUAAUUAAACAGCUUACUUUCUAACUCAUUUAUACUCUUUUGUUUCAAUCAGUAUAGGAUCUUCUCAAUUCAAGCUAAUAAUUAAAUUCAAUCCCUAGGUUCUUCUAUUAAGUAAUAUAAAUCAAGAAUACUAUGAAUCACAUCCAUUUAUCAAUUUUUUAGAUUUUGAAAAUAAUAGCAUUUAAACAUUUGAUAUGAUGACAAAGAAAAUCUAUUCAAUUCCUUUAAAUAACAAGAUUUAGAAAGAUUCUCUAAUGCUUAUCACUUAGAACUAUUAAAUAGCUCCAAAUAUUUAUACCAUUAUAACAAAUAAAAAUGAAAUUAUAUUUUUAAAGCAAAGCCAGUAAAAUCAGACUGAUUUUUUGAUAAAAGUAUUCUAUUUAGAUUUUAAUUUAAAAUUUGAUACUUUUUAUUAUGAUGACUAUUACUAAAGAAUAUUCAUACUCUCUUUUAGUAGCUCUUCAUUUUAUUUGGCUUCAUAUGCAAACUUAACAGAAGCAUCUGCUUUUUCUAUUACCUUUCCUUAAUAUUCUUUGCCAUCUUAUGUUAAUAAUCAAUUUUAUAUAACUCAAGACUCAUAAUACUAUAUAGUUUUCUCAGAUUGGGCAAUAGAUGUUUAUAUUGCUAAAAAUAUGCAGCUAAGAACAAAGAUUAGAUAGGUUUUAGGUUAUAGUCUUAUAAAGUAAGUUGAUAUGAUAGGAAAUGAUCUUUUAAUGAUAGCCUCAGAUACUGAAGUUAUUAUUUCAGUAAUUCAUCUAUCAUAAUCGUUUGUUUUAUUUAGACUUCCUUUUUCAAUGCCAUAAAUAGUAUUCUCUGAGUAAAGCUAUUUAUAGUAAUAUCCAAGAAAAAUAAUAUCAAUUAAACUUCACAUCCUCUCUGGUAAAGGAUAUACGAUUGCUCAGUUUGAAGUUGACCCCUCGAAAAUAGAUUGCCAAACUUUUAAAACUGGAGUUUUUAAUGAAAAAAAUAAGCAAAAUUCUGAUUGUAUUCUAUAGUUUGACUUAUUUUAUACUGCACAAAAUAAGCAAAUAAUAUAAAAAUUGGUUUCAUCAAUUAACUUUUUCAAUCAGUUAAGCUCGCUUAAUUACUAAAUUACCCAUUUGAAAAUAAACUUACCAUCUGAUGAUCCUAAUUAUAUAAACAAACUAAAUUCUUCAAAAAAGGAUGCAAAUUUAAUAAAUUAUGAGUCUGUUGUUAUAUCAUCUAAGAAUAAACAAAAAGGACAAUUAUUAAUUGAUAACAAAACAGCUCUGGGUAAUUUAAAUGGAAUGUGCAUCAGAGUACUGAAUGUAACUUUUAUAUUUGAAGAUUAGAACAACUAAUCUUAAUAAUAACAAUCAGAUGAUAUUCUAAUCUCCAACUAAAUCCUUUUUGUGUAUGAUAAAACAACAUUGUCUUUUAAUGAAAUACAAUUUAUAGGAAGUACAGAAGGAUUCAGUAUAGUUUAUUUUAACAUAACUGAAAUUUUUUAUGUAAACUAAGCUUAAUUUAUAAACUUUCAUGCUCUAUCUAGUAACUAGACUGAAUAGCAAUCAGAUUAAGAAUCACCUCAAACGAAUUCUUUUAUCUAUAUUAAAAAAGCUUAAUUCGUAUAGAUUAAUAACAUUUCUUUCUAAAAUGUAACUUGUGAAAAUGAUAAAAUCAACUUAAUAACUAUUGAAGAAUCUAAAGAGGCUGAAAUUAAAAACUUGUAAAUCAGAGAAAUAUAUGGUUCUUAUUUGCAGAUUCUAGUUAUUAGAGAUGUUGAUAAGCUUAUUAUUUCUGAUGUUUUAAUAGAAAAUAUCCAGCUUGAAAGUUUCAAUCUUGCUGAAAUAGAAAAAAUAGAAUAUUUAGAAAUUAGAAAUUUAACAAUAAGACAUUUUAUGAUAAAAUAACCAAGCAUAAUUGAUAAUAAACAGUCAUAAAAGCAAGUAAAUAAUAAAAAUGGUGAUAUUGAGUUUGUUAGCUAAAUGUAGAACUUGCAGAUCUUCAGAAUCGAAUCAGAAACUAUUCAUUUUUUAAAUAUGGAAGUAUAAAACAGUUUAUUUUAAGGUUUUCUAAUGCAAUUGGGUAGCUAAAAUGUUGAAAUUACAGAUUUGUUUAUAACUUCUAAUAACUGGGUUUAGCCGAAAUACUUAUAAAUAUUAAUCUAAAGUUCAAAUGUAUAUUUACAAAAUUUGUAAAUAAUAAAUAAUACAAAUAUUUUUAUUGAUUUAUAUGGGAUAAAACAUUUUUAAGCUACUUAAAUCAUAACCAAGUAUAAUAAAUAUACUUAAGAUGCAUAAAGAGGUAUUUUUAACAUUCUAGAAUCUCAAUAAAUUAUUUUAAAUGAAUCUAAGUUCUAUAAUAACAUAUUAUCUGAUGAGCGUUCAUCGCUGUUUAUACUUAAAAAUAUAUUUGAAAUUAUUUUCUUAAAUAGUGAAUUUGUAAAUAAUUUAUCUAAUUUAUCAUCGGGUGGUGUAAUCAAAGUUACUCAAUAGAUUUCCUUUCUUGAAUUAUACAACAAUUAAGAAAAUUCCUUUAACAUAAAUAAUUGCACAUUUAUAAAUAAUUAAGCUCCUUAGGGCUCAGGGGGAGCUCUCUUUAUUUAAGAUACAAACUUAAAAAUAUAAAAUUCUACUUUUAUUGAAAACAAAGCUUAAAUUGGAGGCGCUAUUAGAAUUAAAUCAACUGUUAUCCCUCCAGAAUAAUAUCAUGAUUUUAUGUCUAACAUUUCAAACAAUACUUUUAUUAAUAAUUAAGCAUAUAUUUAUGGUCAAAAUAUUGGAUUUUCUCCUCAGAAACUAAUAUUUUUAAAUAAAGAAGUUAAUUAGCUUUUAGAAAAUAAGGAAGUUUUUGAUUUUAGAAGUGGAAGCUAUUUGCCAUUAAUACAUUUACAAUACUUAGAUAACGAAGGUAAUGCUGUUGUCUUUCCAAACUCAAAUUCCUUAAUUUCUUAAGAAAUUGCUUAAGAAAUAAAAUAAUAUCAAGUAAUCAGCUACCAAUAAGAUGCUUCACCAAAUACAUCUGUACUGACUUUUUCGCUUCUACAUCCACAAGCAUAAAAUUCUAUUACAGUAAAUGCAUCUUUGGCUAUAGAACCAAAUUCAAGAGGAAAAUUAGUUCUCUACUCAUAAGCUGAAUUUUAUUUUGUAAAAAAAUUAAAUUCAUCAGAACCAGCUUUUAUAACAAAAGAGAUCUUAAAAGCUGAAAUUACUAUAUUUGCUAGGUAGUGUAUAAGAGGAGAGAUAUAUUCUAAAAUAAAUGGUAUAUUCUUUUGCGAGUAGUGCCCCGAAGGAAAAUAUUCUUUUAAUUAUCCAUUAAAAAAUGAAAGCUAAUCAAAUAUCUGUAAGGUUUGCCCUUAGGAAGCUGUAUCAUGCUAGCUAGAUUAAGUAAAUAUAAAAAAUGGUUUUUGGAAAGAAGAUCAAUACAGUGAAGAAAUAUACUAGUGCCAUUAUAAUUCCUAAAAUUGUUUGGCUGAAGACAAGCAUUCCUAAUAAUAUUGCUCUUAGGGUUAUAUUGGACCUCUAUGUAGUUCUUGCGACAAUAAAGGUAUUUUAUGGGGAAAUAAAUAUGCUCGAUAGUUUGAAGGUGUUUGUUCUAAAUGCGAUUAAGGAACAUAGCAUAUAGUGGUUUUAGUGUUAUUUGUUUUACUCUCUUUGGUUUAUUUCAUCUUUAUUGUUAAACAAAGUUAAACUUGUACAGUAAAGAAAAUAACAGUAAUAUUUUUGAAAAAAAUGAGAAUCAUCAGUAUGGGUAAAAGUUCUUAAUUUGAAAGGAGUUCAGUGAUUUCCAAAAUUUUAAUGAGCUACAUUUAAAUUUUACUUAUAAUUGUAACAAGUAGUUAACGCUUCUAGAUUCCUAAUGCUUUGAGAGUUUUGUAAUUUAGUGGAGAUCCUGUGAUAAAUGUUUUUUACUCUCUAGAUUGUAUGCUAUCUAUGUACAAUGUUUAAAUUGUAUUUUUGAGGAUUAUUUGGGUCUUUUUUUUUACUUUUUGUAUCCUAAUUGCAUCAAACAGUUUGUUUAUCUUCUAAUAUUUAACAGCAAAGUCUAAGUCGAGAGAAAUAAGCUAGUAUAUUCCUUACUUUCACAUGGCUUCUAAGAUAGUCCUUAUAUACUCAUUUCCAAGUAUUCUUAACUAGUUGGUGAAGGUGCUUACCUGCAUCAAAUAUGGCACAAAGACAUAUUGUCUUUCAGAUUUGUAAUUUGAUUGUAGUGAACCUCAAUUUAUACACUAUCAAAGGGUAAUGAUAAUACCAUUACUUGCAUUUAUAGUAGCUUUACCUUUAUUUUUCUUUUGGAGAGCUAAAAGAAUUUACACAAGAAUGAAUUAGGAUAUACGGAUACUAAAGUCUUUCGGAUUUCUAUUUUAUGGUUACAAACCUAACGCUUAUUACUGGGAGAUUUUAAAGCUAGGAUUUAAGGGGAUAUAAAUAAUUUUAAUAACUAUGUACCAUGAACUACACUUAACUAAGUUUUUGUUAGUUUUAAUUGUUUUAAUUAUAUAUAUGCAGAUUUAAUAGAAAGUAAAGCCUUAUGAGAAUUAAGAAUUUAAUUAACUAGAAUUUUAAUCGCAUUUAGUUUGCUCCUUAACUUUAAUUUCUAUCAUGAUAAAUUUAACUACUGAUGUUGAAUGGCAAAUAUAUCUCUCCAUUCUGAUUAUUGUAAUAUCUAAUUUAUUUUUUGUUAUAAGUCUCGUGUCACACUACUUUCAUGGAUAUAAAAUACCACUAAAUCCUAAGAACAGAAAUCUUCUUGAGCAUAUUUUAUUUUUUACUAGCAAAUACAUUCCUUAUUUCUUUUCUUGGGUUUAAGUCUAAAAAGAAUAUUCUUUUAAAAUUCUUUUGUUAUGGCAUAAAUUGUCCUUACAUAUUUAGCAAAAAAAGGAAGAAUUAGUUUCUCAUAGUGCUGCAAGUUCAUAUUCUGAAAUAAAAUAAAACUUAGAUAAAAUUAAAAUUUAAAAAUGUUAAACUUCUGAUAUAUAAGAUAAUAAGUUUUUAUUUUUAAAAAGUAAUGAGCAGCAUAGUACUCCUCAUAGUUAGAAAGGUUUACUAAAAAUUGGAGAUAAAUAAAAUGGUAUCAAAAAGAUCAGAAUCAUAGAAGAUAUAGGUUAAUAAAAUAAUUUCCAUAAUUUAAGAUUGCAUACUGAGACUCAAUCUCGCGUUAAUUUCGUUAUAGAUAAUCAGGACCCCACAUUUGAAAAAUCUAUUAUUAAAAUGAAUAUUGAUUAAGAUUCCUAAAUUGAUUUAACAAGUCCUAGCAAGCUAUUAAGUAUUGCUGCAGGAAGAAACUUGUCUGUGAAUAAUAGCAUGCUAAGCUACAAAAGCAACAUGAAUUCUAACGAAACUUAUAAUAAUAACUCUUUUAAUUUUAAAAUAAAUCCUUCAACAAGUUAUAUCUAAAAUCAAAUAAAAAUAAAUAGAAAGAAAAAAAAAAAUUUUUCAUUAAAGUAGAUGCCAUCUAAAUGUUUGCAAAAAGACAGUUUUUAAUCUAAUUCCUAAUUUCAAGAUAGUAGUAAAAUAUUAAAUUUAUAAAAUGAACCAAAUAUGGUAAAGUCUUAGAUAUAAUAAUAAAUUUAGUUAAAAUUAUUAGAAUUACCAUAGAUUUAAUAACAUUUCUGGAGUAGUUUAGUUACUCCUUAAGAAAAUGUUGAGUAAGACUCUAAAUUAUUUUUUUAUAAUAGUGAUGCUCCUUCACCAUUUUUUUAAUAACAAUUAAAUAAAGAUUAAUAAUUUUUAUAAAUCGAAACCUAACAGAAUUAGUAAAAAGAUUAAGAAAAAAUAAAUAAAUAAAAUUAAGGAUCAGUGCAAAUCGAAGAUUAAUAUAGCUAAGAAAAAGACGAAAACGAUGUAGAUUUAAAUAAAAUCACAAUGGAUUCUUACACUAUUGAAAGAUCUACGAAUAUUUAGAUUCAUAAUUUGCCUAUUUCUUCAAAUUAAGUUUAUAGCAUUCAAAAACUAAAUGAAAAAGUGAUAGAUUAAAUAUGA